UCUUUUUUUCCGUAGAACAGGAAGAACAGUUUUCUCUGAAUACGAUCCAGUAACAUGUGCAACCGAUGCUAAGCUUUUGACCUAUUCGAAUAAGCCAUAACCUAUUUAUUUACAAUCGGUUACUAAUGUAUUCUAGGAAGUAUGUCGUCCGAUUUAAUGUUAGACUUCGAGAAUCAAGAACAACAACUGAUGAACAGUGAAACUGACACCAUGUCCAUCGACCAGGAUGGCGAGUGGGACAUCAGCCUGUUUGACGAACUGGACAACCUUGGAGAUGCAGACGAACUUCUUCAGGCCUUGGAGUGCGUCGGAUAUGCCGGCGAUGCCCCUGACCUCGACUUUGACAUCGACCUGCCUCCCUGGAGCACCGAUACAGGCAGCACUUACACAGAUGGGGACCUGAGUGUGGACUCUCUCUCUCCUGCCCAUACCAUGAGCUCUGUCCCCUCUCCUGCAUCCCGAGAGGCCCUGUCACCUUACUCCGUACAAGAUGAUCUAGCCCUAUCUCCUCAGCCCCAGCCCUCUCCUGCCGUCUCUGUCUGCUCCGAGUCCAGCGGCUUCUCAGAGCCCCCCAUGCCCCUGGCAAAGAGGGCCCCCAAGAGGACCAGCCAGGCCGCGCGAGUCAAGCCAGCCCAGCCAGUGAAGAGGCCUAUCCAGCCCACCCCCAAGGUGUCCAUCCAGCCCAGACCAGUUCUAACAGCCGUGCCACACCACGCUGCGGGCCCUCUCCAGACCAAGACCAUCAUCAUCCAGCCCCUGCAGACCACCCUGCUGCCUCACCCUGCUGUGGUCAAACCUGCCCCUGUCAGUAUACAGCCAGCGCCACCUAUAGGUGGUCCGAUGGUGCUGUGCCAGCCGGCCCGGGUGCUACAGAUCCACACGCCACAGGCAGUCACCGGGCACCUGGUUACCAUGCCAACACUGACCCAAGAGAGGCCCGCCCCCAUCGCUACGCCUUCUCCUUUGGUGUCAGUCACACUCCGCAACCCUGGCUCUGACGAAGAUUCGAAGGUGUCCCAGCGGCAGCAGCGGAUGAUCAAGAACAGGGAGUCAGCGUCUCAGUCCCGUAAGAAGAAGAAGGAGUACCUGCUGACGCUAGAGGCCCGUCUCAAGAUGGCGCUGUCUGAGAACCAGGAGCUCAAGAACGAGAACGGCACCCUGAAGAGACAACUGGAGGGACUACUGGUAGAGAACACGGUUCUGAAGACCAGUGCUCCGAAGAGGCGGGCCAUUUGUCUCAUGGUUGUGCUGGUGUUCCUCAUGCUCAACGUUGGACCAAUGAGUUUGUUUGAAGGUGGCCGUGACUCUAAGCUCCAGGCUGGCUCCAUGCACAGCGGCAGACAUCUGCUGGGCUUCUCCCCAGAGACAGAGACCCCGGUGGGCCCCGAAGCCCUCCAGACCAACAGUUCUGAGGAUAAGGCUCUGAUGGUGGUGAAGAAAGAUCCUCUGUUCUUCGGACCUCCUCCUCCAUGUCUGCCGCCUGUCAAUAGGACCAAAUGCAUCAGGUUGAACCAUGAGCUGCGAGGCUGGGUCCAUCGACACGAGGUGGAGCGGACCAAGACCAGACGCAUGAGCAACAGCCAACACAGAGCCACCAGGACCAUCCCUAAAGAAAAUAAGAAGGCUGAUGUGUCCCAGAUCAUAAGAGUCCAGUAUACUGACUCCACAGAAGAGAAGAGCCCAGGUAAUGAGCUGCAGGUGUACUAUGCUCCUCACCGCACCUACAACGACUUAUUUGACGAGAUUCAUCGACGUGGAGACACCUUCUACGUGGUGUCUUUUCGCAGGGAUCACCUCUUACUUCCUGCUACCAGCCACAACAAAGGAAGCAGGCCCAAGAUGUCUGUGGUGUUGCCAGCCAUGAACAUUAAUGAUAGUGUGAUCAAGGACAAGGAGUUUGAGGUGAUGAUGCAGAUCGACUGUGAGGUCACAGACACCAGGAUCCUCCACAUCAAGUCCUCCAGUAUCCCACCAUUCCUGCGUGUCAACCGCACCGACACCCUGUACCCGCCUUCACCUGCGGACAGCAAGGCCACGCCCCCUGUCCAGGUGCUCAUGGGUUCCGCGUAAACUCUAUCAACCAAUCGAAUUGACACACAAACCCGUAACUCCCACCAACCAAUUGAACAGUGAAAUUGAAAAGAUGGAACAGCAACAAACGUUGGUUCUGCUACAGUAGUUUAACAGAUGGAACAGCAACAAACAUUUGUUCUGCUACAGUAGUUUAACAGAUGGAACAGCAACAGGCCACAUGUUUGUUUUUACUUUUCUACAGAUCUGAGAUCAUUUUUAAACGAUUACAUACUCAAUGUAUUUGACUGAGCUUUGGUAUCAGGUUUUCUCCCUUAUCCUUGAUUUGGAUGAGUGUGGACUUGUUAUGACGGGGGUCGGGGGGGGAUACCGUUAUGCAAUACCAAGCUAGCUCAAAUGGUCGGUGUCAGUUAGCCACAUUCUGUUUUCAGCUCUGAUAUCUGUCAUGGUUGUUGAGGGUCAAAGACCAGAGCCAGGUUCUGUGUGUGGCUGGACUGACCAGGGCCAGGUUCUGUGUGUGGCUGGACUGACCAGAGCCAGGUUCUGUGUGUGGCUGGACUGACCAGAGCCAGGUUAUGUGUGUGGCUGGACUGACUGACUGUGGCCCUACACUCCUCUUACCAGGGUAAUUGCUGAGCAACAGCAGGGGGCCGAGCAUUGAACCCUGAGUCACCCCAACAUAACACAAAUACUUUCACCCCCUUGGCUGCCAUGUUGUUCUGUCCCUUUCGUUCUGUUUUUCUCUUCUUCAGUCUCCAUCCCUCACAUCUCUUUCGUUUUCUUGAGGCUUUAUAUGGAACUAUUUCAUGCUAAUUCAAGUUUUUGUCACCCUCAUCUGUGAUACCAUUGAAAUGAUUACAGCGAUAGAGGCAUACACUCAGGAAGUAAUUUCAAUCUGUUAAGGCUACAGCAGUCCAACCACUAAAAUAUGGAACGUCUUGGUAUGGGUCACCAUUGUUUCUCUGUUAUGUUUUGUUUUCAAAAUAGUGCAGCUACGAUGAAUAAUUCCUAUUGGAUGUUUUUGAACUUCUGUUUGCACUGUGCUUUGCUAAUAUACUUUGGAGAUGCUUUGCUAAUACACUUUGGAGAGUGUUAUACUCUGCAGAAAAUGUUAUUUGUUUAAGUGCUAUCCUCUGUUUUGGAUAGAGGCCACAUCUCUAAUGAAAUGUUGUAAUAUCUAUGAAAGUAUAUAAUAUACAUAUAUUGAAUAUAUAUGAUCGCCAUCAUGGGCGGCAGGUAGCUUAGUGGGUAAGAGCGUUGUGCCAGUAACCGAAAGGUCGCUGGUUCUAAUCCCCGA